CUGAGUCACUCUACGCUAGAGGAAUUUAAGGAGAAUGCUACGAUUGUGCGAGCAUCACUGAAUGAAAUGAAAAUAGAGUUUUCUCUCUGAAUACUAUCUAUUUCUUUCUUUCUUAUUUCUUUUUACUUGGCAAACUGAUCAUACCAAUUGGGAUCAGAGCCAAUCAAUUCUGUUGUGGUUGAGGGUAUACCUACAAGGACGCAGAAAGAGCUAGGGCAGCUUCAAAAGGAGGUGGAAAAGAUGGAUGCUAAGUUGAAUAGCAUAACAACGCAGCUGAUGGAAGAGUUACAAUAUGGCUUGCAAGCUGGGUUGGAAAUUUUAGGGACAGUUUUAAGGAAGUUAUUUGAUGAAUUGGCUUCUAGAUUUUAUGGAUUUGCCCAAGACCACAAAAACUAGUGAUUCUGGGGAAGCCAUUUCUUCAAUGACCAAACAGAAGGUAGUUGCCGAUGUUAGCUGUAUGACCGUUUUACAACAACUCGAUCUUCCUGUUUCAGUUGGAGUUCAAACAAAAUACUCAAAAGUUGAGUGUCCACGCUUUGAGAUGAAGGAUUUUAGAGGUUGGCUACCUAAGAUGGAGCAAUUUUUUAAAGUAAACCAGAGUCAAGAAGCUGAUAAACCCAAAAUAGUGAUGAUGCAUCUUGAGGGAAAGGCGUUGCAGUGGCAUCAGCAUUACGUGAAGAAUAGAGGUGGGUCAAUUGAGGAGAAAAGGGAAGUUUGUUGUUGGCUCAAAUGCAGAGUUUAGACAAGAUUUGCUGAAAUACUUCCAUAAUUCAUCUGCUGGUGGUCAUUCAAGGAUAGAGGUUACUAUGAAAAGGUUACCUGGGGUGGUUUACUAGAAAGGCAUGAAGAGAGAACUUAGACAAUUUGUGAGACAAUUCAACAUUUGUCAGCAGUACAUUUAUGAUAUAGUAGCCUCUCCUAGGUUAUUACAGCCAUUGCCUAUUCCAGAAAAGGUCUGGUCAGACAUUUCCAUGGACUUCAUUGAGGGGUUACCCAAGUCUUUUGGUAAGGCGGUGAUUAUGGUGGUGGUAGAUAGGCUAAGCAAGUAUGCUUAUUUCAUAGCUUUAUCACAUCCUUAUUCCACAAUCACAGUUGCGCAAACCUAUGUUGAUAAUGUCUACAAGUUGCAUUGGUGCAGUUGAGUACCCAAAGGAUAGUUAACCACAAUGAGAUGAAUUGUAUAUAGAUGAUGAAAUUUGAGAAUGCACGAAACAUUUCUUUUCCUCGCAGAUAUUCUUUUAAAAUUCUCAUAUUUUCCUGUAAUUUAGCCCCCUUCUUUUUUCAAUUUAGAUUAAGUAAAGAAAUUGUUUUGCUUUCAUAUGGUCUUCUUGAUUCCAAUUAGUGGUGAUAACAUUGAUGAAGAGAACUGAAAUCAAGUUUGUUCAUAUGACUUGUUGAUAGAACAUCAGUCUUAUGUUUUUUUCUUUUUUUUUGCAAUGAACAUAUUUUGCCAGGUUAAACUAAACACCCUGUUCUUACCUUUGCAAUGUACUCAAUUACAAUUUGAAGGUUCAAAGAUCAUAAUAAACCAUAGAAAUGCCUUACCAUGAUCAUGGCAUGUGUCUAUUGUGUCUAUUCAACCGUAAUGAAGAAAAUACAUGUGUCUGUUAUCGACUUGAAAUGGAUAACUUGAUAGGGAUGAGUAUAAAGAAGCUUGAGGGUCAUUGGCUGCAUGUGUCGACUUUAAACAUCAAGGGAAGUAUCUGAAACUUCACUUAUUUGCAUAUCAUACUCUUUCAUUACAGAUAGAUACCAUAUACUUAAUAUACAUAAUUAAUCCAAAACAUUCAAGAGGCUUCACAUGAUUCAUCAUCACCUUUGCUCUGAUUAUUUAGUGAAUAGCAUCUUGAAAUCCACCUUGGCUUAGUCGCUUCCUCUCCUCACCGUUCCUCUGAUUCUCUUCAAAGUUUCUUUCUAAAAAUAGAGCUCUGUCCACCAGAUCCCGAUAAUUCUCAGAUUGGAGAAUUGUGAGUUAGUUAUUAAUGCUGGGUUUCAAUCCCCUCAAGAAUCACCUGCCAAAAGGGGCAAACAGGGAUAACCCAAUAAACUUAGUAUUAUACUCGGUCACAGGCAUGUUUUCUUGCUAUAGCAUAAAUCGUUCGUUCGAACCGAUUUAAGCAAUGGAAAUAGACUGAAUUUGAUUAAAUCAAUUCAGUUACUUCGAUUUUGAUAAUUGUUGAUUAAAUAAAUUAAUUUAGUCAAUUAAUUGGAUCAAUGUUUUACUUCUAAAAUUAA